CUGAUGAGGAGCUGCUGAAGAAGACUGCAUUCAUCCGGUUAAUCUAGCCUACUUAAUCCAGGAGUGGGACAACAUCUCCACCUGCCAUUCCAAGCUGAAGGAAAACGCGCAGACCAGAGACAGGAGUGCAGUUUGGGUCAGGCGGGAUUGGCAGAAGAAUGCUGGCCCCAGGCAUCCGGGGGCAGGAUGGCGUCGUGUUGGCAGAGCGCUCUGGGUGUUAGAUGGUUCCUCUUGAUGCUCGUGUGGCGCUGGGCACCUCUGGGUGCUCUGAGCUGGCUCCUGGCCUCAGCUGAGCGCCUUGAGCCUUUAUCUUUCUCCUCUCUGCCUGGCAAGGCAAGUGUGGCUCAACUGGACUGGCUCCUGUCUGACAAGGGUCCUUUCCACCGGUGCCCAGAGUACACGGAGUUCAAGGAGCGCUUUCAGCAGGGCUUCUCAACACGCUACAAGAUCUAUAGGGAAUUCAGUCACUGGAAAGUGAACAGCUUGGCCACAGAGAAGAGAGAUUUCUUCAAGGCACCGUUGCCUCUGUCUCCUGAAUUUCUACGCAACCUCAGGCUACUUGGAAGGAGGCCGACUCUCCAGCAGAUCCAUGAAAACCUGAUCAAGAAAUACGGCACUCACUUCUUAGUAUCAGCCACACUCGGGGGCGAGGAGUCUCUCACCAUCUUCCUGGACAAACAGAAGCUCAGCAAGAAGUCUGAGGUCAACGGCAACAGCUCGACGGUGUCUCUGGAAAUCCUGCACCAGCUGGCUGCAUCCUAUUUCACUGAUAGAGAGAGCACCCUCAGGAGACUCCACCACCUACAGAUUGCCACCUCAGCCAUCAAGGUAACAGAGACCAGAACAGGGCCUCUGGGAUGCAGUAACUACGACAGCCUGGAUUCUGUCAGCUCAGUGCUGGUACACAGCCCGGAGAAUAAAAUCCAUCUGAAAGGUUUACAAGAUGUUCUCCCCGACUUCCUGCGCAACCGUUUCGUGGAGGCAGCGCUCAGCUAUGUGGCAUGUAAUUCCGAGGGCGAGCUCUUGUGCCGCAACAACGACUGCUGGUGUCGCUGUUCUGCCAAGUUCCCCGACUGCAACUGCCCCUUCUUGGAUAUCAGAGCCAUGGAAGAGAGUCUUCGGAAAAGCAGGGAGACCUGGAUUACCUUGAACAAUGAGUUUAUUGAGUCAGAUGAGUUCAAGGCCUUUCUGAAGAAGCUCCCAAUCGAUCGUUUUUUGAACACAUCGGCGAUCCUGAAGUUCUGGAGUUUGGACACAGCCUUGCAAAGACGCCACACUCAGCUGGAGACCAGCACUAAACUGAUCUUUAGCAAAGCCAACAAAAUUGUUCAGAAACUCUUCACCCUCAGCAAGCGUUGUCCCAAACAGCCAAAGAUCAGCCUGCCCAGAGAAAGGACAUUGGGGUUUUGGUUGAACAGAGUUCAGUCUCUGCUGUACUGCAAUGAGCAUGGAAUUCUGGGCUCCUUCUCAGAGGAAGUGCAUUACUGCUUGUGUCCUACAGAACAGGGCAACUCCUGCCAGGGUACAGUUCCUUGUCAGGUGGGUGAGGGCACACUGUGUUCCUUGUGUGCCCCGGACAAUGUCACCCGCUGUGGCACAUGCAUGCCUGGUAGCUUCCUGCAGCUGGGCUCAUGCCGGCCAGCCGUGGCCAUCUCACUGGACCACUAUGUGAACUUUGACUUGGACAUGGUGGAUGCAGAGGCACACCACCUGCUGCAGCGUCUGGAUGGGCGUCUGGAGGUGCGCGCAAUCUACAUUAGCAAUGAUGUGCGCUUGGGAAGCUGGUUCAACCCGGCAUGGCGCAAGCGCAUGCUGCUAACACUCAAGAGCAACAAGAACAAGUCCAACCUGGUGCACAUGCUCAUGGGAAUCUCUUUCCAGAUCUGCACGACACAAAACAGCACGCUGGAGCCUGUGCCUGCCAUCUAUGUCAACCCAUUUGGGGGAAGCCAUUCAGAGAGCUGGUUCAUGCCUGUCAAGCAGAACGACUUCCCCGACUGGCAGCGAACUAAACUGGACUCGGCACUGCCAUGCCACAAUUGGACGCUGGUGCUGGGCACUAAAUGGAAGUCCUUCUUCGAGACAGUGCAUGUCUACUUGCGCAGCCGUAUCCUCACAGAUGACCCAGGUGUAAACGAGACGCUCUUCUAUGAGCCAUUGGAAAUGGACUCGGCUAACCUGGGUUACAUGAAGAUAAACAGCCUGAGGGUGUUCGGUUAUAGCAUGCACUUCGAUGCCGAUGGUGUCAAGGAGCUGGUCUCACAGUUGGACUACCCGUACACACACGGCACACAGGACGCUGCCUUUCUGGCACUGAUGGAGAUCCGCGACCGUGUAAAUCGGCUCUCGCCACCCGCCGAGCGCCCACUCGACCUCUUCUCCUGCCUGCUUCGCCACCGGCUCAAGCUCUCAGCCAGUGAGGUGGCACGUGUCCACAACUUGCUUCGCAGCUUCAGUGUCAAGUUGCCCAGCUCCUCCAAACCUGAACUCGCCCAGCUGUGUAGCUAGCUCAGAUAACUCUCUCCUGCCUGUGUGUGUGUGUGUGUGUGUGUGUGUGUGUGUGUGUGUGUGUGUGUGUUUAAUUGUAAAUGAGAAACAGGGAGAAUUCAGCUAGCUGUGCAAGUUAGCUCACAUGGUUCUCUCCUGCACUUUCCUCUACUAUUUUAUCUGACUUCUGAAAUCUUGUAAUGAAAGAUGUAUAUACUGUAUUUACCAAUGGACUGAGAUGCCCUUGAAUCGUAUCUUUGUAUUCAGAAAUGUGAUUGACUGAAACAUCAAGGCAUGAAUGGUAAGUUUGUUUAUGUCUUUUUUGAAGCUAGCUUGGAUAAUACUCUCCAGCUUGUAUGUGUGUGUGUGUGUGUGUGUGUGUGUGAAUAUGGAUGAGAAAAAGAGAAAAGAACACAGCCAGCUAUGCAGCUAGCUUGUGUGAUGCUCUCUUGCUUAGGCGUGUUUGUGUUUGGCAGAAUAGGAAUGAGAAAGGCAGGGAGAGAGGUAAAAAGAUUAUUUUGGAAAUGAGUGUCCAUGUUCUUGUGGGUUUGCUUUUCUAAGCCUGCCACCUCACUGAGCAGCAAAACUGAACCAACUGUAAGUUGUGAUUGACACGGGAAUAGCGAGUGUGUAUACAUCUGAAUGCGAAGCAAAUUUAACACAGACUGAAUCAAGUUGCGCUUAUGAGCAAAGCUUGAAGAGACAGAACUGCAUCCUAGCCUUUUUUUCUGUGGAACAAUGUAAACACAUGACAUGUCUGCUCUUUUUCUAUGUGUUCGGAGAUGUUCGGUAUUAUUUGGUGACUCUAUUUGAAAAAGGGCAUAGCUGAUGAAGAUUGCAUUCUUAUACAUUUAUGGUGAAAAUCGGAUAUACAGUAAUAGCGUAAUAUCAAGACACAGGUUUACUUUCCUUUUCUAUUUUUAUCUGAUGUCCUAAAUCUUGUAUUGAAAGACGUUUCUCUGUAUUUAUUACUGGAUUGAGAUGCCCUUAACAGAUUCUUCAUAUUGAGAGAUGUUCUUCAUAUUAAGAAAAAAAAAAAAAAGGUUAACAUCGAGGCAAACAAAAUGGCAAACUGUCUUAUUUAAAUGUUCCAGUCUUUCAGAUGUUGAUCUUAUAAUAACAUUACAUUGUUUUGCGAAGGUUUGUGGGCAGCUUUGUAAAUAUCGCUCUGUCAUUAAUACUAUUUCAGGAUGUGAAAGCUGCACAUUGCUCUAUUAAAUAUAAAUGGCUCAUCACUCUUAUGAAUUGAAUGAAUUUGUACUUUUUUGGAACAGGCAAAGACCAAAAAACAUUUCUUACUCAACAAAAACACGUAUCUAUUGCCUUAUGAUGUGGAGUUUGUGUUCGGAUAUUAAAGCACACUUGGUCAGCCGUGUCGUUAUUUCAAAGACGUGUUGCUCCUUUUGCCUGAGUUCUCUUUUCUUCUUUAUUCUUUUUCAGCUCUGAUUUUAAUUACAGUAACUAAUAAUCUGUAAAAAAAAAAAAAAAAAAAAAAAAAAAUUCCAAUUUAUAACUGACAUACUCUGUGAGAAAUAUACGUAUCUGCUCUGUUUAAUAACCUCAUUUAAUACUUGUGCCAUAACAUUUCCACUUUUUCCCCUCAUACACUAAUUAAACACACUCAAUGACUCAUGACAUACAUUUGAAUUCCUUCAAUUGUCUGUGAAGCUGAAAGCAAUCAUGCAUGAGGCUAUUUAAUGCUUUUUAUGGUCCUUUUACAUUACAAUUCAUGUCCCAUCUCAUCCAUAACACAAACUUAUGGCACAAUAGAGCACUGAAUGUUGUUUGUGUGGACAAAUGUUCAUUUUGCAAAACUGUGUCCUGACAUCCAUCUGCAAAUCAUCUAUAAAUCAUGUCAUUUGUUUUGCCCUUAGCUGUGGAAACCCUGAGCCUGUCAGAACGUAUUACGCAUCAAAGCCUGAAAUUACCAGCGUUAUUCGAGGACAAAUGUUCUUCUCAUAUAAAUAGCAGCGUUUAUUAGGUGAGUUAGUAAUUUGCUAGAUUGUCAAUAAGGCCAGCAAAAAUCUCUCUGUCACAACGUCUCCAAGUCACAGAGCAGCCUGAGUAGAAACGAAAUAUACGUGUAGAAUGGAGUUCGCAGCCGUAGACUGUUCAUCUUUAUUAUUUAGCUCAUGCACUUUGGCUAAUCAUCUAGGUGUGGGAGAAGCGGCGAUUAAUCAUGAAGGUCUUGUGUAAACUAUUGCUGCUCUCUAAAGUAGAAAUAAACAUGAAUAUUCCAGUGAUUGAUUAUUUAUGAUGGUUGUAUUGCUUUGGGCAUGAGGUUGUUUAUGCAUUGGAUUUAUGAAGUAAAUGAUUGUGUACAGUUUAGAAUCCUGGAUUUACUUUCCCUCGUGAGAGAAAUGUCCUAUCUGAUUACGCCAACUACAUACAUAGCAGCCAGAAUUACCUACAGUAUAUAAGAUCCCUAAGUGUUUUACUAAUAAAUUCAUGGCUCGUAUGAGAAAACCGUGUCCCAAGUUCAAGUGCUCUGAUGUGGAACACUGUUUUCGAAUUGGUUUUUAAAAAACGUUUUCAUCUAAAUUCAUUUAAAUGCCAAGUAGCAGGAUUUCCCCCACUUUCUCUAUUGCCAUCCAAGAUUUUCUUUGCUAUGUAGUCAGGGUUUAUUUUUAAUGCUAUUAGACCAUUGUUUGUUUGUUUGUUUGUUUGUUUGUUGUUUAUUUAAUACAUUUUUUGUUUGCUUGUUUGAGUGGACGUUUUAAUUGCUUGUUUAGUUAAUUAUUUUUUUUGUUUCUUUGUCUAUUUAUUUAUUUUAAAAAUUUAGAUUUUUCAUGUUGGAGUUCAAGCAUCUUUCGACUUUUUAGCAUGAUUUAACAUGACCCACAGCUCCUGCAAUAAGAGAUUACAUUCAGUCUUGCCAGACAAAAGUUUAUCCAUUAAUACCGCUCUCAAGUUUGGCUUAGUUCUUGUCAAAACCAAAGUAUUUUAUCACAUGCCCUUAUUUGAAUGAAGGCUGUCAUCAUGCUGGAUUUCAACAGGCUUCACUUAAGAACUAUUUGCAUUAAUAGGGUUUGUGCCUCACAGCUUUCAAUUGCUGAUAUUACAGUUCUUACAGUUAAACACACAGAAUUGAAACAAUACUUUGUCGAAGUUAAAGGUAGUACUCAGGCACUAAGGCUGAGAUUAUGAUUCAUUUACAACCUAGAUAUCUAGCAACUGUUCCCCUGCAAUUCAAACUGCCUUCUGCGUAGUUUUUCAUCCCGAUGGAUCCACACAGCAUAGGCUUUUAAAAAAAAAAAGGUUUGAACCUUUAAGCCUUCCUUGAUUUGUGUCUCUGGGAAAACACUUUAAAAUUCUAUGCACCACCCUACAUCAGAGUGUUUCCUUAGCAGGUAGAGUUCAAAAGUUUGGGAAGAUAAGACCCUUUAUUAACUAUUUAGAGUACAUGAGAUAAAAUAUAUAAAAAUGUUCUCUUUUUAGAUUUUUUUUUCUUUUCUUAUUGAGAUGGCAAUUCAUAAAUGUUGCAAAUGUACUACUGCUCUUAUUAUUUUUGCUUUACUGUAGAUGAAAGUCGUAAAAAUGAACUUUGAAGAACCUGGAGCAUUUAGUGCAAUCCCUGAUGUGACUAGUGCAUACAGGUGGAUUUAUUUCUGUGCUUUGAAGAGUGCAAUCCUUUGACACUUCUAUCAUUUAGAGCCGGGGUCAACUGGCAGGCUGCGGUCUGGAUGCAGGCCCGAAAAAGUAUUCAAGCAGAUUCAACUGGGCAGAAAAUACUGUGGCAGAAUCGAUCGCACUAUGAAAAAACCGGCCGUAGUUCAGCAACUCUAGUGUGUGAAUUACACACAUUUAUGUCCAUUAUUUAGCUGAAGGCGGCUCGUCAAAAAGAGAAAGGGUUUUCACAGACUCUCAUAAUUUGUUUUACAUUUCAUCGAAUCUCUCGGCUGAUUAGUGAACGUAAAUAAUCGUUAAAAAAAAAAAAACACGAAUAAUCAUAAACUAAUAAUUCAAAUAAAACAAUUUUUAAGAAUGACUGGACAGAAAAAUGUGUUUAGUUCAAAACUAAUGUCUGUUCAGAGUCUGUGGUGCUAGUCAAAAGUGUUAAUGUAAAGUGCCAGUGCAACACAAAUCAUAACCACUUCAAACUGAUCUGUCUUAUUUAUAGCUAUGAACUAAUCACUAAAAGCUAACUGUUGUCACCAUUCAGUCAUGUUCAUUUCCUUUCCAGACCUUUCAAACGAAUUUUAUAUGUAGCUAGACCGUCACAAACAUUAGGAUUGUGGUUUUGUCUAGGUGAUUGGUCAGAAAAUACCCUUGUACUGCAGCACUUCCGGACUGGGCUUUUAUGUGACUGUAGUUUGGUCGUCUUUAAAUCAGCGUAAAACACCACUUUUUCCCAUAUAUUCACAUUCCAUAUUUCAUAUCCUGCAUAUCUUUUCAUGGCUAGACACAAAUCACGACCUAUACUUAACUUUCAGGUGUCUUAUAAUGUUUUCAAAAUGCCUUCAACCUUUAUGUAUUGUCACACUGGGAUUUAAUAAAAUUGCCAAUUACAAAUAGCUGUCAGUGUCCAGAACCAAAGUGCUGAAUGUAAAUACUCACUGUUUGACUCCAUUCAUUCAAUAUCCAGAUAUGAUAUAGCUCGAUUAAGAGCAUGAGUUAUCAGCAUGCAGUCCAGCAGACAGGAUUCUUUUUGCUGAUAUUAGUUUGGUUUGUACAUUUUCACUUGUAUAAUGUACUAGAUGCAGAUACCUGAUCCAGACAGACUGGCCAUAGAAAUGAAACACUGAACUUUCUACUCGUACUGUUUGAUCAAAGCAGAUUGUUUCUCUCAGUGUUUUAACAGGAUGUAAAUGUUCUUAUAUUAAAUAAU